AUGAAAAUAUUUUUUGGAAUUAUUGCAACACUUUUGUCAUUUGCCAUUAUUAAUGGUGAUGAUAUUGGUGGUCAUGAGUUUGAGAUUUUGGAAGAUGAACAAAAUUUUGAAAAAUUUGCAGCGGAAGGUGACAUAGAUAAAAUCUGGGGCGCAAUCAAUAACGACUCCGUUAGGGUUGGCAUUCGAUUCGGUUACUCGUUAAACUCAGGCGUGGGAACUGUUGCUGCUUGGAAUGUCACAUAUUUGGCUCCAAGAAUAAUGGAUGGAAUUAGAUUACGAAGUUAUAACAACACAGGAGCAGUUGGGGAACUAAUUGAUGGAGGAAUCGGAUUCAAUUUCGCAAAAUUCCAGCUUGUUGGGCAUGAAAAUCAUUUUUACUUCACUGUUGAUGCUUUUGAAAAUUAUACAUCUAGUUUGCUUCCUGAUCCUACUACACCCGCACCAGUUCCAGAUAAAGUUAUUGAAGAAUGGGGAGUUAUAAAUUAUGCGUCGCAGGUUAUUCUUCCAUAUCAUCACUACGUUCAAUGGAACAACCCUGGAGUCAUAUCAAAAUCAAAUAUAACAAUUAAUUCUACAAAACUCAUUAAUGGGAUAAGACUGAUAAGCAUUAAUGACACAGUAUCGACAGGCGAGAUUCUUGAAGGGGGAAUUGGAUUUGAUUUUGUAAGACUUUUAGUUGUAGCAAAUGAAAAUUUUCUUGAUUACUCAAUUACCUUAUACGAAAAUGGAACCUAUCUCGAGACAAGGCAAGAAGUGUAUGGAAAUAUUGAUAAAGAAGUUAAACUUCUUCACGAAAAUCGGUUCCAAAAUUAUCCACAAUCAGGAGCCAAUGCAUCUGGAAACGCUUCAUUUUCAACAUCUGGAAUUAUUUCAGGGAUAAGAUUAACCUUUUUAAAUUAUACAGAUGGACGAUAUGAGAUCGUUGAAGGAGGAUUAAAUGAGAGUUCCGUGACUUAUAAUUUUAAUGGACCAUAUCAAGGAGAACCUUACGACUUUAAAAUUGAAAUCUUUGGAAACAAUUCAGCUUCAAUUAAAUUUUCAAUGAUUUUAUUGAGCAUUUUCAACAUUUUAGUUAUUUUAUUUAAAUAA